GUCCCUAUGCAGCGAGUGUAUGGGUGGAGUAUAGUUUAAAAUACAGUUUUAAAUGUAUCGAAAGCGUGUCCGGCGCGUCCUCCGCCGGCUCUGAUAGCAGUGCUGGAAUAAAUGACAGCGCGCCGGGAAAGUUUGUCCUAAAGCUGCCGGGGUUGCGCUCUCGGUGUCUCGGACCCUCGGCUCUAAAAUGGCUGGCUGUAGGUCCGAGGGAGCUCCGGCGCUACGGGAAGGAUCCGGUCUACACCGCGAUUGUCUGUAAAUAUACACGUUUCUGUGCUCCGAGCGACGCGGUAGUGAUGGCGUUGCCCCAGGUCCGAGAGCUGUCAAGGCGCACACGCACCAUAAUAACAUUGGCAUUUCGGACCUAGGACUGUGCGUAAUGGCGUCCUCCACGGACAGAGCUUCUCGGUUUAUCCCUAGAUAAUUUUUUUUAGAACUGGCUUGUAAUGCAAACCAAAGGAAAUAUGAAUAAUGUAUCUGAGGCGGAUACAAAAUGAACCGUUUUAUUAUUAGUGCAUUGCAUGUGGAUGGUAGAAGUAGGAGAGAGAGGAAAUGUUAUUUCGCUCACAUCAGUCGGACCCUUCAGUAUCCCGGUGCGUUUCUCUGAAUGAUCAGCGACUCCGGUCGACCCCUCGGUGAGAAAAUUCGCUGAGCUAUAAUUUAGGAUCAGGCGAGGUAACCAACACAAUUAACAGGACGGUCUGAUGUUGAGGAGGAAGAGGGGGGGGUCAUGUGAGUCGCUCAUCAGUUUCGGACUGAGGCAUAAGGGGGUUUCAUCCGCUUUAUCUGUAGGCUUUCAGUGAUACCACACAAUCAGUGAUGCUUAUUGGCUUUUUGCUCUGAACUUGACCCCAAUAAUCACCAGACAUUUAGUUUUUUCCAUCCAACCACAGGCUAUGUUUGCCAUUCCCUUCCUUUGCGAACAUGGUGUAUGUUUAUUUUUAUGCUAAUGUUGCUGCUCUGAGUUUCUAAUUUACUAUUCUAUCCCUAUUUUAUAGAAAUAUAAAUAGGUAUGCCCCAAAAUGGAUUCUCAGUUGGCUUCAGUCCUGACCAGUGGCAGCCUGGAUGUCCAAAAUGGCAGCCAGUGUGCAGAGGGAUCAGGGCCAGUGACAGAGGGUUUUUUGGACCCAAAGGACAAAACCUCACUCAGUACUGUACCAGGUAACCUCCAGCCAUGCCCUGUCAAAGCAGCAGUGACCAUCAUCAGACAAGAUGCUCCUUCAGUCAAUGGGAAAAAGCCAGAGGUGGGCGGGACUUCUAAGCCAGCCUCUCAGGAAACAAGUAAGAUUGGUGGGUUCAGGCAGCCAAUUACAGUAAAGACCGGAGUGCCUGUUCUGCGGAGCCAACCAAUCAGAAUCAAAAUUGUCGUUCCCCCACGGUGCAAGAGGCCAAUCACAAACUCCACCAUCAGCCUGACCAAAGACUUUGCUCGCUCACAUUUCAAAAGACCUGUUUUGCUCUCAGCUGGAGCUGUGAUCACAGAAAAAAACAGUAAAAUUCAAAUAUCAGCUGUUAAAAAUGAAGGAGAGCUCAAGGAAGUUACUCAUCAAAAGACUGAAAACACUAAAGCUGAAUCAUUCCACGGGAUGGAGGCUGAGAGAGGGGAUGAAAUGUGCAAAGAGAGAGAUGAUUUGGAUGCUAAAAUCAUCCACACUGAUGGGUCAGAAACUCCUUUUAUCUCCAGCACUAAUACAGUUAAAAUACUGAGCCAGAAGGGGAUUAAAGAGGAAACUACAGAGAGAGAAAUUGAUAAAAAUAUUCCUCUAAUUUUGCAAGAAAUGGACUUGAAGUCUUGUAAGACGUUUGAUGAGGUGGGAACAGAGGAACAGACGGAGCCGCUGGACCUGAGUUUGCCCAAGAAAAGAGAGAGUAGAGAGAGGAGGUGUGGGCGCUUUCUGGAUGAUUCCGGCUGUGAGACCUCACUGAUCAUGGAGGUAGAUGAAUAUGAGGGAGAAGGAGACCGAGACAUAGUAGAAGAAGAUGAUGAUGACGAAGAGGACUCUGUGCUGCGCAUGGAUGGCACAGAUACACUUGAAGACUCUCUUUUGUCUCCCUCUUUCUUCUCUACCUCUGUCUUCACCUCGCUCUCCUCGAUAGACUGUGACACUGAAAACCUUCUUCUGAUAGAUGACCAGGGAAUCCCGUAUACUCUCAGUCCAGAUGGACUCAAAGUGCCGCAGGUCGAUGCUUCCACAUCAGAGGAUGCUCAGUCGGAGCAGGCUAGGUCAGCAGAGGUAGAAGGAAAGAGGUUGUCGCAGGUAACAGAUCCUAGCCUCAGCCAAAGUUUAGAUAAUGCACUAAAUGCACCUUCUGAUGAUCUUUACCGCUCACCAGCCCCUUCGACCGAUUCACCAUCAUUAGGUGUUGAUCAGACAAAAGCCCCCGAAGUCUUUACUAGUUUGGUCACAAACCCAGAUCCUUCAAAGGCCGCAGAGCCAAGUGUUAAAUCUGUUCAGGAGGCUAAUGCCGUUCUGUCUCCUUCCUCUGGGAUAUCAGUCCCCAGCCAGCCCAUUCAGAUCCUCGCAAACCCUUCAAGCAACGCUCCUAUUCUCCUCCUGUCGUCGUCCUCCUCCUCUCCUCAGCUCUCACUCCCCCUCUCUGUCACUCAGACCUCACCUGGUGCUUCCACCCCCAUGUUUCUCCUCCUCUCCUCUGUGCCCUCUUCCUCCGGCGACUCCACCUCUACCUCCACCCCUAUCGCCGUCCUUGACCCCUCGACAGGUCAGCUGUCCCAAAUCACUGCUGCAUCAGCCCCGGUCUCCCUCCCUUUGUCUUCUGGUCAGGUCAGCACACUAGGCUCACCCCUACCCACGCUGUCUCACCCUGUCAUCAGGCUGAGUGCAAAUGACCCCCCUGUUAUCCUGUCAGGAGUGAAUAAUGUAAACUCUGGGUCUGUUCUCACUUCUCUUGCUGUCCCCUCGUCCACUCCCGCUCUCCAGAGUGACCACCCCAGUGCGACUCCCAUCGUCCACACUCAGAUCAGCUCUUCUGAGUCGAACCCUGGAAGUGAAGCCAUAUCUGCUGAAGAAGUCUCAAAUGAAAACAACAAGCCAUCAGUUUUUACAGCACCCUCUCCACACCCACAGUCUGCUAGUUUGACUUAUGACCUCUCAGCUCAGCCCGGCUCAGAGGCAGAGGCCCAGUCACCAGCCUCAGAGCCCAAUUUCGACUCCUCUGACCUGCACUCAGAACAUUUACCUCUGGACGACCACCUUUACUUCUCGAACACGGCCGCUCCGCCCUCCCCUCCCAUCGGACCCAUACUCCCCUCUGGUAAACUUGACCCCCUCGAUCCGCUGGAUCCUCUCUCUCCAGCCACAUCGCCCAACACCAUGAGCUCCCGGAGGGUGCUGUACUGCCAGCUGUGCCCGCGGGUCUUCUUUUACCUCUCCGACCUUGAGCGCCAUGCCAUCACUCACUCACAGAAGAAGCCUCACGUUUGCCAGCAGUGCGGCAAAGCCUUCAAACGCUCCAGCCAUCUGCAGAGACACAAGCACAUCCACACAGGCCAGAGGAACUUUGUGUGCCCCAUCUGUGCCAAACGCUUCAGGGAGGCCGGUGAGCUCCAGCGCCACCAACGGGUCCACACCGGAGAGAAACCCUACCAGUGCCAACUUUGCCACACGCGCUUCGCCGAGCGCAACACGCUACGCCGACACACCAAACGCAAACAUCCUUACCACCAAGUAGCCAUGGAAAUGCUGAAUGAGAGGAGAGACAGAGGAGGCGGCGGCGGCAGCAUAUCUGGAGUGCAGGAGGAAGAGGAGAGCGCUGAAUGGUACAGCUCCACUGUGUCCAAUCUAGAUAACUCAGAGUCUGAGAGGGAAACUUAAAGUUAAGGAGGUUAGGUGUUGGCAUAUCUAACUCUGACUAGACACUAAACUUUCCUCACCAAUCUACAUUCAGAGAAGGGAGCACUUGCAAUAUUUAUUUUAAUGUUUAUAAUCAUAAUUUAUUUAUAUGAAUGUAUUUUAUUCCCAUUCCAUUCAGUGGGCCAAAAGUACAGCCUUAGAGGUCAUACAUGAUUUUGAAUUAGCUUUCCCAUAUGAAAAAAAGCUGCAUAUAUAUUAAAGGGAAAGUUCGUGCUUGAAGUCAUGGUUUUUAUGUGAGUUUGAAAUAAUAAUUAGACGGCUAACCUGCUCCCAUGAAGUUGCAUUCCCGUACAAUUCAUGAUAAAACCCUAAAGUGCUCAGAAAAGAAGGAUAAAUUAUUUACUCUAAACUAUUCUCUGCUCUACUUGUAUAUAUAAAGAAUACUAUUUGUAAGAGCUGCACUAUCUUAUGUGAAAGAUGUAAUCUAUCUUUCUUACCGUCAGAGACACUGUGAGUCAUUUGCACUUGUUCUAUUUGAAUUAGAUAUUCACUUUUUUUACAUUGUGAAUGAAGAUGCUUACUAUUUUUGGUUGCAGCUGAUUUUAUGUAUUUAAUCCAUAUCAUGUGAGAGUUUGACCAAAUGUUUGAGUUAUUCUAACAUAAACACAUAUAUUCAGAUUUUUUUUGUUUUAUGUGACUUAUGUUAACUUAUUUGAAUUAAAUUUUGACUGUAAAUUAUAACUGAA